GAGAUGAUAGUCUGUCUGCCAUUGGACUCUCGAACCGAGUUCUCGAGUUCCCACUAAGAUCAAGUAAAGAAUAAUGAUUAACUCGCGUAUACAUAUAUAUUAUAUCAUGUCUUUCUUCGGGUCGGCUUGUCGUCCAACUUCAUCGUCAUCUCUCUCUGGUCUGAUAACCCACAAUAUGGCUUCAAAUAACGCCCCGCGCAAACCACGUAAGAAAGAGAAGAAUCUCUCUUUCUCUACAGCACAUAUUGGUACCUCUCCAUCACAAGGCUCAGCAGUCGCCUGUUAAAUUCGCCUUCGCAAUUGGUUCUGGGAUAUUCGGCUGGACAAUUGAUUCGCAUACCACCUAUCACUUCAUCUUUCCAAAUCGAAGACCGACAAUCUCCGAGGUCCCCAACUCCUCACUCGAAGAUUGCACAGCCGCGUGCAAUAGUGAAUCAUCCGCAUCACGCACGGGAAAAUCUGUCUUCUUCAUCUCACCUUGUGAACCCACAUUCACUAUUUGCAACCACAGGAAGACCACUUCAAGAUCUUUCAAGUAGAGCAACAAUCCCCGCUAGUGGGAUGGCGGUUCUUGCAAAAAUGGCAACUUUAAAUGUUGGUGACUGCGACGCACUUGCUUCUAACUUGAGGGGAGAAACUUCAAAUUUACCACCGACAGAUACGGCUACUAUUUCUCCGCCCCAAAGCAUGUCAAAUUCAGAUGCAAGAGAUCUCAGCAGCGACACGAUCCUCAGUCUUUCUCACAACGAAGACAACAGAGAGAAGAAUCAAGCAACACAUAGCGAAACACCAGUACCUCCCACACAAGAACCAUUACUCACAGCCACUUCAGAAUUUCCCACAAGCACAGAUGCAAAUCAACAGCAGUGGAAAGCCGCCGUCAAAGCAAUCCACCCCCCUCGCAAUCCCUUCCACCUAAACAUUCCAACCCAAAUCCAUCAUCGCACCGACCAACAUAGCCAGGGAAUGCCACACAUCAAUAAUCACAAUCAGCAUAGCAGAAUCGCUCCGUCAAAUGCAAAUGCGUAUAUCCAAAUGAUUGAAAGAGUAGAGGAGGCAAACAGGAAUCAAGGAAACGCAAAUUAUGAAGCGCCGGCAGCGAUGAUGGGUAGAAAUCCCUUUUCGGGAUCGUCGGCAGGAGUAUCUUUGGAAUCGGCGCCGGAUUUUGAGGCGAAUUUUAGAGAGAUGAUGGAGACGUUGGAGAAUUCGAAACCGGGGGAGUUGGGGUUUGCGACGCACAUGAGUGCGCAGGCUGCUUUGGUGGGUGUGCAAUCUGGGAAUCGGUUUACUACGCUGGAUUGUUCGUCGAUGGGUCAGAUGACGUCGCCGUUUCAAAUGCAGAUGCAGAUGAAACCUGUGAAUCAGUAUGCUGCGCAGGAAAAUGUGAUGGAUGCUGGAUGUCUGGCUGGGGGGAUGGCGUCGGGGGUGGGAGGUGAUGCGUUGGAUCGUUCUUCAGUGGCUCAGAUGAGGUCGCCUUUUCAAAUGAAGAUGCAGACGCAACCGGUGAAUCUUCCUACGACACCAGAUCCUGCUUCAACAUUGCAAAUGAGGUCGCCUUUUCAAACUUCGGUACAACCUGCGAAUCACUCUACUACGGAGCAAAACAUUAUGAACAGUGGAAAUCCAUUCGAAGGAACAUCACUGUCAACAGGCCAAGAAAUUGUGAUCGACCCUUUUCUCGGAUCUGACUUCUCAAACACUACGCAAAUGCAGCAAUCUAGUAGUCAAGGAGAUACAAUGAAUAAUAGUGGAUAUGUUAGUGGCGUCCAAGAUGAUAAUGCGUUAUCUACAGAUAUUAUUGGAGAUUUCGCUCGAGAAUAUGGUUCUGAGAGCAACAGUACAUGGCUGACAGCGGAUAUGAAUGGGUCUUCAACUCAAGGAAAUCUAGCUGCGAGUAUGAUCGGAGUCUCAUCUUCCACUCAUGCGAAUACAACUGUGGAUAUGGCUGGAUCUUCAACCCAAGCACCUUUGCCUAACGUUGGUAGUUAUCCAAUGGAUGGAAUCACAUUUACUGGCAGCAAUCAUGGGGAUUUGUCAAGUGUAUCUGGUGGAUACAACAUGAAUUUGGCGCCAAAUACUUCGAGUCAAGUGAUGGGUGGUACUUUCACGUCUGAACUUGGACCAAAUACACAGACUUAUCAACAAUCUUCUCCUCGACAGGUUAUGCGUCAAAGUAGUGCUACUCCUGUUCAUGGACACACUUCAAAUAAUUCGAUGGGAUUGGGAUUUGGUCAUAUGGGCUCGCAUAUAUUGAGCUCCCCUAAUCAUCCUGUUCAACCGUCACUCGACUUACGCAGAUCCGCUACACCUACUCAGCCAGGCUUCAAUUAUUCCAAUGCAGGUUCACCAGCAGCACUGAAUGUCAUUGAUAGAUCAACAAGAUCCAGUUCUACCGCACUGGCAACUCCUGAAAUUUCUUUUGACCAAACCUCUCCAAACCCUUUACACCCAGCCAGCUUUCAUCAAGACACUCUAGGUAUGUCAGAUGCGACUUUAGUUUCAGUUUCCAAUCCUUUGCACCCACCAAGUUUUCACCAGCCUACGCCUCGCGCUUCAUGGCCAACAUCGCGUGUUCCAAUUCCUCCAAAUCCUGCCGUAUCGGGUAAUACGCCGGGUUAUUUCGAGCCUUCUCAAAUCUCGAAUACUCGGGAAAAUGCGAAUUCGAAUACAAAUUUGAUGAACUUGAAUAGAGAUAUGCUUAUGCAAUUUAACCCUGCUUUUCAACAACACCGGAUGCUGAAUCAAAGGGGUCAAAAUAAUCUACAGUUGCCGCAACAAUUCCGUCAUCAUACGCAACCCGAUCAAUUUGAAUCCAUGAUGAAUGGAGCAGCGAUGGAGAACGAAGCACAUAGUCUACAAGAAUAUACUCCACCCGUCUCACCACCAAUUUCUAUUAUGAACUACCUGUUUCGUCAACGUGCCAGUCCGUUCGAAUACUUUCAACCUCUAACCGAGGAAUCCGCCGAAGAAUUGAGUCGCUAUCAACUUGCUGCUAGGAUUACUACUUCGCUUCAGGAACAUAAUCUCAAUGGCCCUAUGCCUUUGGAUGGAAAGCCACCUGCUCAACUUCCGAACUAUCUUACUCCAGAUCGUCGCUCAAAGAACAUUGUUGAUUUAGCUGAUCGUCCAUUAGCUCUAACCAAGCUAACCGUUGGAGAGAACUUUGAAUGCGACUUUUGCAGCGGGACACUAGAUUUGCGCGGCAUUGAUCGAUAUAAUCAUGAUUUUGUUGAGAUCUGGGGUCCCGCUGGCACAGAUUGGUGCGCUGAUUGCAAGAGAGCUGGAAAACACAUACUCGCCGUUGCUGUUCCCGAGAAGAACACCAAUCAGAAAGAAAACAAUAAGGGAAAGCGACCAGCCAAAGAUCCAGCAGGUCCUGGUCCUACACCCAAAAAGCAAGCUCAUUCAUCAUCAUCAUCAUCAUCAUCAUUCAAUUCUUCGAUGAAGAUGACUCGUUCCAUUACUUCUGGUGCGAAGGCUAGCUACGAUCGCUAUGCGCCUUUAUCUGAAGAAUCCAACAUCUUCGGCGAUCCUCGUGAGAUUCUCUCGUCCAUAGAUAACAUGUUGAUUAAUCCCUUCAUGCACAAUCUCACCUGUCACGGCUCCUCGCAUCGACAAAUCGACCCAUCGAAGACGAAAAUCUGUUUACCGUGCAAACUGCGAAAGAUGGAGAUUAUUACUCAUGGGUGUCAUGAUGAGUUUACUCAUAUUGUUGCUUUGAAUAUGGAUGGUCAGUGGCAGAUUGGUUACGGUCGAUCAUUUUCCGGUGCGGGUCUGAGGGAUGGAGAGAGGGAGCUGGGGGCUGCUGCGUCGGAGAGUUUUGGUGACUUUAGAUUUGAUGUGGGUCAGGAUUUAAAUGAGGGAAAUAUGACGGUGGAGGAGAUUAAUUCGAUUGUGAAUGUUGGGCUGAAUGCGGGUGGUGUGCAAUCGAGCAGUAGCGGUAUGAGCUCUGGAGGUAUGAAUGCGAGUGGUACAAACCCAAGUGUUGUGCAGUCAACCGGUGCGCAUGCAGACGGCAUGAACUCUCGCAGAAACUCUAUCGUCGACUCAGGCCCAAAUCCCCGCAUGAGUACUAGCAUGGAUUUUGACAUCGAUUCAGAUCUCCACUGCGACAUGAACUCCAUCCUCAACAGCUCUAUGGACUCCAUGUUCGGCAACGACGAUUUCUCCUGGGGAAGAUCCGGCUGGCUGAGUACACACACUACCUCCACCUCCAACUCUGCGGUUCUGCUCCCGACUCCCGCCCGCACAUCUUCCAUUACCACUCCCUCUCCCAGAGACGAAACACACGAUCAUCACACCCACAUGAACCGGCUUCCCCAUCGUCCCAUUUCCAAAUCCUGCAUGAUCUGUCCCGCGACCUCCAUUUUUCUCUGUGACGGCUGUCCCUUGACUCUCUGUGAAAAAUGCAGAUACAGUCUCCGAGAUGCAAAAGGCUGGCUCAAUAAUUUGAUCUAUAGCAAUGGCGUGAAUCAUAAUCGGAAUGAUGCGUUUUUGCUGAGGAGUGAUGAUGGCGGAUAUCAUGAUUAUGGAAAAUUUUGGCCCCUUCCUGUGCAUGUGGAUGGGAAGGGUGUGUUUGGAGAUGGGGGACAUUGAGGGGGUUGCGAAGGGGAGCGGAGGUAGUGAGUAGCUUGAUAUACUUCUAAAGUUUGGAGGGAAUCUUUCAACA